CAUCCAGGGUAGGGCAGGCUACAGGGGGCAGGGCUCCACUCGCAGGGGAGACCAGAGGGGAGGCGCAUCGCCGGAGACCCGCUCAAACCCUCUCCUGACACAGACAGACGGACGGACGGACGGAGGCAGGAGGCAUAUGCUGAAGCAAACAGUUGUGCGCUCGCUCUCCGAUGUGAGUCGAUUUCAGAAAAAAAACUUUUUGGUUGCAAGACCCGCGGAGUUCUAUUCCAAGACGGUGGAUCCGUUUGUUUUCUUCUGUUAUGCGAGUGGAUUUUCUUUGGAAGGAAUAACGUUUUUAUUUGAAUAUAAACUAUAUAUUUUUAAUAAACUAUAAACUACUUUUUUACCCCGUUAUAUCGAGCUGCAGUGAACUCCAGAAGAGUUGAUAAGGACAGUCAGGAUGUCCCAUAUCUCCGUCAACGACCACCUGGAGGGGAUUCUAUCAGACUUCGAAGCUUUAAAAAGAUCCUUCGACGUCGACGAUGUGGACGAGCUUCCUCCCUUCUCCCCCUCCUCCCCCGUUCCCUCCCCCCUCUCCUCCACCUCCCUCCUCAACAAGACCAACGAGGGUCGAGGGUUCCCCACCUCCAACCACGGCUCCCCUGCCUUCCGCUCCCGGAUCAGCCUUGGUACCAACCCCAGCCCUGCCCAGAGCCCUGUGUUCAAGUCCCGCAUGGUCUCCAGUCUCUCCUUCAACAGAGCCAUGAACAGACCCGCCAUCAGCAACAAUGGAGGGAGCUCCGGAGGCAUCACCAGGGCCUCUUCCUUCCAGAACAGGUUCAACCCUAAGGGUUUCUCCUCCUCUCUCUCUGGCCCAGGCAGUGAUAAUGAUAGUCUCCAUAGCUCCUCUUCUAGUCUGGAGUAUUCCAUCCAGGGAGGUGGAGGAGAAGGAGGAGGAGGAGGAGGGGUAACUCCGGGCAAGCCAGGGUCUCUGUCCUACUCCACUAGCCCACAGAUGGAGCAGCGUCCUGGGCAGCAGCGUGGCGUGGGCCUGGGGAUGGGGAAGAAGUUCUCUUCCCAUGGGAGUGUGUUUCACUCUGAGCUAGAGGGGCCUAUGGGGCUGGGAGCUCCAGAGCCCAGGGGGGUCAGCCACGGAUCCAUGCCCAGUCUGGACCUCCAGAUCGGGGAAGGAGGAGGCGGGGUGAUGGGGGUGCGGGGGCUGGAGGUGGAGGGGUGAGGUAUGGC